AUGGUUUCUUUAGCAUCACCAUCAGUUACAGUGCGAAGGGACAACGCUUCCAAUAUCAAGUAUGUGUAUAUAGCUGCACUAGUGGGCUGCAUUGUCCUCUGGAUCACUGUGUACAAAGCUCCCAGCUCCUUAAACCCGUCAAUGAAGAAUAUAGAAAAUCCAAAAUCGCCAGCACCGCAACAAGCUCCCAACAGCAAAACCAACACAAACCACACUACCGAAAGCAUGUGUACAUCAGAGACGUUCAACGAUGGAAAAUGGGUGUAUGACCCCGUUCAGCUAGAGGAGCCCUUUUCAGGAGCUGAUAUUGCUCGAGUAGCAGGCUAUCACUGCAUCAAGAAGUUUGCUCACAGAUGCUUUCGACGAGGCGGCGAUGAAAUAUUACGAGCCAAGAAAAUUAUGGAUUAUAGAUGGCAACCAAAUCAGUGUCAGAUGCUAGAAUUUAACACAAAGAAAUUGGCAGAUCACCUUACCGAUCAUCCAGUGCUGUUCGUUGGCGAUUCUAUUACACAGUUACAAUUUGAGAGUCUAGGAUGUUUGCUAGGAGAACACUUUCCUAAUCGACAUCCAGCUAAAUCUGAUUUGAACGGUGGCAACACAAAAAUCCGAGUCAACGAAAAGGCACCAGAAAACAGGGACACAGCAGCCAUGGCCUACAUCCGAUCUGAUUAUUUGCUUCGCUUGGAUGAUUUUAAGGUGAUCAGCCCCUUUGAGCCCGUAGGCACACAGUUGGGUCGUGGUGAGAAUUACCCUUGGGUGCAUGCCCUGUCAAAGUUCGACUAUAUCAUCAUCAACACAGGGCCUCACUGGCAUCCCAAUCUUCAAUGGGGACCUAAUACAAAUGAACAAGAAUUGUUGGAUGCAUUCAAGACAGCCAUGACAUCAGUCAUUGCUUACUUGGAUCAGCAUGUCAAGCCUCAUCAGAAAGUAUGGAUUCGAACCACACCUUAUGGCCAUGUUCAGUGCUCACAAUACAAAGAGCCCCAAGAGAACCCAUUAGCGCCGUCUGGUAAAACAGGCGAAUACGAAUGGCAUCUGUUCCACGAGUUUGAUAACAUUUGGAAAGAGCUAUUACACAGUCAAGAUGACCGAUUUGCUUUGUUUGACAUUGCCGACAUGUCAAAUAAGAGAGGCGAUGCUCAUUCAAAACCUGAUGCAGAUUGCUUGCAUACCUGUAUACCUGGCCCUGUCGAUGAAUGGAAUAGAUUACUCUACAAUGAAAUCAUGAGAAAGCAAAACGCAAAAUAA